AUGCUCGGAGCAGGAGGAGCGCCCACCUCCCUCAGACUGCUGCUGCUGAUUCCACUGCUGUGCCCGUGCCACCUGUGCCACUCACUGCGGAUUCCAAAGCUCUCCUUGUAUGCGAAAGCAGAGGACAAGCUCUUCAAGUAUCUCUUCGAAAACUAUCAGAAAUGGGUUCGCCCUGUGGCGCACCUAAACCAGACCAUCCGUGUGAGGUUUGGCCUGGCCAUCUCCCAACUUGUUGAUGUGGAUGAGAAAAAUCAAUUGAUGACAACCAAUGUUUGGAUGAAACAGGAGUGGACUGACAUGAAACUCAGAUGGAGUCCUGAAGACUUUCUGGGCAUCACAACAAUCCGUGUUCCAUCUGACAGAAUCUGGCUCCCCGAUGUUGUACUGUAUGAUAAUUCAGAUGGACGUUUUGAAGGGACCAUCACCAAGGCUGUUGUUAAGUACGAUGGCACCAUAACAUGGACUCCACCAGCCAACUACAAGUCAGCCUGCACCAUUGAUGUCACCUUCUUCCCCUUUGACCUCCAGAACUGUUCAAUGAAGUUCGGAUCCUGGACCUACGAUGGCUCCCAGGUGGACAUCAUCCUGGAGGACUUCCAUGUGGACAAGCAGGACUAUUUUGACAAUGGUGAAUGGGAGAUAGUGAAGGCCACAGGCAGCCGUGGUCUGAGAACUGAUAGCAGCACUUUCUAUCCCACCAUCACCUACUUCUUUAUUAUUCGCAGGCUGCCUCUUUUCUACACCCUCUUCCUCAUCAUCCCUUGCAUCGGCUUGUCCUUCCUCACCAUUCUUGUCUUCUAUCUACCCUCAAACGGUGGUGAGAAAAUCUCUCUCUGCACCUCAGUGCUGGUGUCACUUACCGUUUUCCUUUUGGUCAUUGAAGAGAUCAUCCCGUCCUCUUCGAAGGCAAUCCCUCUCAUCGGGGAGUACUUGGUUUUUACCAUGAUAUUUGUCACACUCUCCAUUGUCAUCACUGUUUUCGCCAUUAACAUCCACCAUCGCUCUUCUUCCACACAUACUAACAUGGCACCAUGGGUGAGAAGAAUUUUCCUACAUCGGCUACCUAAACUGCUGUGCAUGCGCAGCCAUGUGGACCGUUACGCAACAGCUGGAGUGGCCGGAGCAGGAAGAACCGAAGGAGCAAGAAGGAUGCAGGAGCCAGGACCCGAGUUCAGACCACCCCUCUUCACCCAGCACAACCUCCAAGCAGCUUUGGAGUCUAUUCGCUACAUAACCAUGCAUGUAGUUAAAGAAAAUCAAGUCCGAGAGGUGGUGCAGGACUGGAAGUUUGUUGCCCAGGUCCUGGAUCGAAUGUUUUUGUGGGCUUUCCUUCUGGUGUCCGUUCUUGGUUCUGCUUUACUUUUCAUUCCAGUUAUUUACAAAUGGGCUAGCAUCAUUGUUCCUACCAAUCUUGGAAGUACUCUCUGAAAAUCCUGCAAACAAAUCAGUUCAUUUAACAACGACUAAAAGAAAAGCACAUUAGCUGCUCUUCAAGGCCAUCUUUGGACGGCUGAAAAAAUGAGUUUAUGAGAAAAACAGUCAGAUAGCAUGAUUUUUUUUUUUUUUAAUGGGUAUUAACAGCCAGUUUGUGAGAUGAUACAGUGCUAGAAAUCUUGUUGUAAUUUUAAAGACUUUAGCUGAGUGAGGAUCCACACAACAUUUUCCGAGCCCACUUUUUAAACUGAUCCCUUGCAGCUUUCAUUGUGCAGUUGGCCAGAAAAUGCAACAAAAUGAAUACUCAAGGUGGAAAACAUGCAUGCUAAGUACUGUUGGGUUGUCAGUGGGGCGUCGAUAAACUACACACUUCCAUCAAACAUUGCACAAUAUGCAGGAGAGGCUUAUAUUUUGAAACCUGGGAAGUAACAGUUGGCAACAAAAAAAAAAAAAGGAAAUGGUUACAGAAAACAAU